GGGGCAGGGACCAGGCAGGCCGGGGCCUGGAUGAGUGGGGUGGAACCGCAUCCUGUUCCUCUUCUCUCCGGUCCCCGUCAGGCAGCUGCUGCGAUUCCGUGGGGUGUCUCGAUCCACUUACAGCCGAGGCAGGUGUGUAGACAAGCUGGUCUGCGCAGAACCCCAGGUCCUCCUGAAACCACAAGCAGGCCCAGCUAGGACUCCACCCUGGGGCGGCCUGGAUUCCUGCAGAGGAUCCCAGCAGCCCAAACACAGCCAUGCGCUGCCCAGCUGUGCUCCUGCUCCUGGUGGGCGUGGCCCAGGCCUUUCGCAUCUGUGCCUUCAACGCCCAGAGGCUGACGCUUAGCAAGGUGGCCAGGGAGGACGUGUUGGACCCUUUAGUUCGGAUCCUGGCUCGCUGUGACAUCACGGUGCUGCAGGAGCUGGUGGACUCUUCUGGCAGCGCCCUCUACCUCCUGCUCCGAGAACUCAAUCGAUUUGAUGACUCUGGGCCCUACAGCUCCCUGAGCAGCCCCUUCCUGGGGCGCAGCACAUACAUGGAGAAGUACGUGUACAUCUACAGGUCACACAAGAUGGAGGUCCAGGAUUCCUACCUGUACAAUGACAAGGACGACCUCUUUGCCCGGGAGCCCUUUGUGGCCAAGUUCACAUUGCCCAGCAAGGACCUUCCCAGCUUGGUGUUGGUCCCCCUACACACCACUCCGAAGGCCGUGGAGCAGGAGCUGAACGCCCUGUAUGACGUGUUUCUGGAUGCCUCCCGGCGCUGGAAGAGCGAGGACAUAAUCCUGCUGGGGGACUUCAAUGCUGACUGUAAUUCACUGGCCAAAAAGCGCCUGGAGGAGCUGAUACUGCGGACUCAGGCCGACUUCUACUGGGCGAUCGCCGAUGGCGAGGACACCACGGUGCGCGCCAGCACCAACUGCGCCUAUGACCGCAUCGUGGUGCACGGGAAGCGCUUCCGGAGGCUGUUGCAUACAGCUGCUGCCUUCAAUUUCCCCCGGAGCUUCCGGCUCACCGAGGAGGAGGCUCUCAACAUCAGUGACCACUACCCCGUGGAGGUGGAGCUGAGCCUCAGCCUGAGCCUGAGCCGGGCGGGGCAUGGGACCCGGCCCCUCAGCCUGGCCACUCUGUUGCUGUCCCCGCUGCUGCUGCUGCUCCUGCCCCCACAGCUGGGCCUGGGGGCGUGAACCUCACCCACCCUGACGUCUGCUGCCCGCAGAGGUGAUGACUGACUACACUGCCCUCAGGACUCAAACCCUAGCCUCUCCUGGCCCUCUGCCCGGCGGCCAAAGCGACUCGUGAAGGGCUUCAACUGCAGCCCAGCCUGGUCCUGCCCAGCCCUGCCCUUCCUUGCUCUGCCCAGCCCAGCCCUGCCCAGUCCUGCCCAAUCCGGUCCUGCCCAGCCCUGCCCAGUCCUGCCCAAUCCGGUCCUGCCCAGCCCUGCCCUAUUGGACUGCAGCCCUCUGCCUUUUCUUUGGUUGGGCUUGUGUUCUUUUGCUGGGCCUGUGCCUGGCAUGAGAGUGUAUAAGAGGAAGGCAGGGGCCUCGAGGCUGGGGGAGGGGAAAGGGGCUUAGAAAAGGGAAUCACAACAUAUGAAAAAUUAUGACAAAAAGGAAACACAUACAAACUGAGAACGAAAAGCUAGAUAGGAGGGACACUACACGUGUGGAACAGAUCUGUCACUGGGCCACCUGUAUUGUACAUGGGAUUCACGUGAAUCAGCGUGAAGAUCCCAGUAGAUACAAAAAUGGAGAUAAGUACUUCACACACACACACACACACACACACA